AUGUCUCUGACUCCUUUAAUAGACGGACAUAAUGACAUAGCAGAAAGAGUCCGGUUCCACUUCCAUAACCACAUCUACAGCAGUGAUUUCAGGUCUAAAUUCGAGAGUGGCCGCAUGCCAGAGCACUUUGACUUGUCACGGAUGAUAACAGGCAGGCAGGGCGGAUUCUUCUGGAGUUGCUGGGUCGCUUGUCCAAAGGAUGGUCUCGAUUUUUCGAAUGAGAACUACGCUCCUGUGAUCAUCGAGGCGCUUGCUCAAAUGGAUGUUAUUCAUCGCUUGCAGGCUGCUCAUCCAGAUAUCUUCUCUCCAGCUACUCUCGACAGUACUUCGGCGGUGUCCGCAUUCAGACGGCGUGGAAAAUUGCUGUCCCCAAUCGGACUGGAAGGACUACAUAUGGUAGGCCGAAAUGCAUCCACUCUUCGACUGUUCCACAAGCUAGGAGUCAAGUACGCGACGUUGACGUGGAAUUGUCAUAAUUCGUUUGCGGACGCAGCGCAAGUCACGGUCUUGGAUGAUUCCCUCGCUCCAGAGGCUGCUCGACCCGCCAUGCCCCAUUGGGGCGGAUUGAGCCCCUUGGGCACCCAGCUGAUUCGUGAGAUGAAUCGAUUGGGGAUGAUUAUCGACCUCUCGCACACGCAUCCGGCGACCAUGCACGACGUCCUUGCGGGCAACGCGACCAAGUCAUUUCCUGGUAGUCGGGCACCGGUCGUCUUCUCGCACUCUUCGGCGCAUGCACUUUGUCCUCAUCCGCGUAAUGUCCCUGACCAUAUCCUGCCACUGGUUAAGCAAACGAAUUCCGUCGUGAUGGUGACCUUCGUCCCACAAUUUAUAUCGUGCGUCAAUGCGACUGUGCCCGAUAGGCUUCCGACUUUCUACCCGGCCAAUUCUACCCUUGAAUGGGUAGCGGAGCACAUAAUGUACAUUGGCAAGAAGAUCGGAUUUGAGCAUGUGGGCAUUGGGAGUGAUUUUGAUGGUACCCCGAGCACGCCGCGUGGCCUGGAUGAUGUGAGCAAAUUUCCAGCGCUGGUCAAGGAGCUGUUGCGCCAAGGGUUAAGUGACGGACAAGUAGCGGGCAUUAUUGGGGGUAAUCUGCUCAGGGUAUGGAAGAGGGCGGAAGAGGUCAGCAACGAGAUGCUGCGGGAAGGAGUGCUGCCGAUGGAGGACGAUAUAUGA